GUAGGGGCAAAACUGCAGAGAGGGGUUAAGUUCGUAGGCCAGGGGGGAGGGAAGUGGUAGAGGGUAACUCGCUCAUGCUCGACGAAGCGGGCAGCGAUCUCCCUCCCCCACUCGAGCAGGAGAAUCGGUGGAUCAGCAUAUUUCGGGAACCUGUACUGUCUGAACACUUUCGAUGCGUGCUGGCGCGAGGGUAUGGGGAGGAGUGGGGGAGUAGGUGAUACCAGGGCACUUGUCAACCAAGAGCUCUCCAUGAUCGACGAAAAAGGUCUUUCGCAUUUCGCAUUUCUUGCAGAGAGGGAUGGAGGGAUGGAGAGAUGGAGAGAUGGAGAGGGCCUAUGACUGCUCGACAUCGGGAGAUGAAUCGUGGAAAGCAAGCCGAUGUGAGCUGUUCCGACAUCUGAUAGCAUGCUCUGGGUGGUUGCCUGCUCACGGAUCAGCCCAAGCAUUCCAGCAGGACUCCUCUCUUCGAAGUGAAGUGAAAAGUUGACCACUUUCGAUAGUUCCAUGGCAAGAUCAUUUGAGCUGCAUAAUCAAGUUGUCGAAUUUUUUGGGGGAAAGAAGUUGCCUCACACGGUGCGAAAUAAACAUUCAUUGAUGCUGCUGAUUUCUUCUUCAUAUUCAAGCUCGCGAGAGGUUGAUCGAGGGUUUGAGGGGCAAUGGAGAGCUUCUUUCGAAUCCCUCUCAGGGGAAGACUCUGUAGAGAGUGCAAAGCAGAAACGUCUGGACGAAUAAAUGCGUCGUGCGUCGCCAGCUCUCACGAGGAAGUGGUCCUCAGAGGCUUCAAUGCCCGAGUCCCUUAAUAUCAUACGUCAUCAUCUCUCUAUGAGUCAUACCAUCGCCAGUCACAAUGUCUAACUGGCCAGAUAUUGUUCGAGUAUUCCACGGCAAACACAAAGUCAUCAUGGACGGAAUCAUAAAGGAGAAGAAGG